UGCGUGUUUUCUCCUGGCAGUCACAUUAUUUUUUUAAUUAACUAUUUUUAUUAAUUGUUCCCAAGUUUCAAACAAUCAAAAUGUCCCUACUUGGCGUCGGGAAGGGUGUGGAAUCACCACCCUCCAAGACCAAAAAAGAUACUAUCGCAAAGAACGAGGACCAACAAGAAACUGGCACUUGCGAAAAGUUGUCCUCGUCACACCUUCCACGGUCAAUCUUCUCUCGUGCCCUGUGCGAACAAUUAGCUACAAUGCAGGUGAAAUCGCUAGUUAAUGAAGCGCCGCCACAAGCCACACACAAGACUGACGCCUUUGUCGCAAGGUACAAAAAGUUGGAAGGCCUUCUUCGUCACGCUAUGGACUCUGGAGAUUUCACCGCCCUCUUCAACAGAAAUAAACCCAUGGUGGAUAAGGAACCACACCGGAUUUCUGACGCUGUUCGACUCGCGGCACAAAGACAAGUCUGCGACCGAUUGCAGAGUGACCUUCUCACCCAAGAAGAAAUGAGGGACUUUUGCUACACUUUGGAAAAGUGGGCCAACAAGACGCCCAAACCGAUGAAGCCGGCAUGGUUUCAGUGGGUGGUAUGCGGCAUGAGAGAAAAGGGGAUGCUCCUUUACGAUAUGUACAUUGACUACGUGGCAUUCACCAAGGCAAGGGCGGAGAUGCACCCGAAAAUCAGGGAAUGGCUAACCACGACCAAAUUUUUCACCUUGAUGACCGAAUCUGACGACACGAUCUUUCGCCGUCUCCCGAUCGUUCAUCUCUAUAAUUAUGUGACAAAGAAGGUCUGGUUGGUUCAAGUUAGGUUGGGAUUGGCUUACUACGAUGUCGACGGUCAAGGAUAUCUGACCGAGGAGUCAAUGGAGGCCUACAUUCGCGAUAUGAUCCCAACGCUGCCUCACUUGGAUGAGAUGGACCCUACUUUGGAGCCAUUUUAUUUGUGUGCAGCCACGCGAAAAUUCUUUUUCUUCUUGGAUCCCAGACGUAUCGAUAAGGUACAAAUCGCCGCAAUUAUUUCUAGCCUCUUGCUUGACGACAUAUUUGAGUUGCACGAUUUGGAAGUUAGAACGACCAAUUGGUUCGGAGUGUACAGCUUGCUACGUAUUUAUAAACAUUACGUUUACUUGGACACCGACGCCAACGGAAUGCUCAGUCCAAAAGAGUUUCUCAAAUUCAACUAUUCGUCUCGUGGGAAUCAGGUUUGUCUCACGGAAACAUUUGUUAACGCCUUGUUCUCGGAGAAGAUGACGUAUCAUGGAGAAAUGGACUUUAGGACGUAUAUUGAUUUCGUUCUGGCCAUCGAGAACAAGAAUGAAGAACAGUCGAUCUCGUACUUCGUAAAAGUCUUGGACGUUCAUGGGAAGGGUUAUCUCAAUUCGUCUGACUUGCAUUACUUCUACAAAGACGUUUAUAAAAUACUGUUCGAAUGCAGCCUAGAGCCGCCUAAGUUUGAGGAUAUCAAAACUGAGAUAUUCGACAUGAUCAAGCCAUCUAAUCCGUGCAGGAUAACCGCUGCAGAUUUAUUCAGCAGCGGCAAAGGUGGUUACGUAAUUGGGAUGCUGAUUGAUGCUAAAACCUUAGACGAGGCUGAAAAUCUCGAAAUUGUCGGAAAUUCAUAAGAAUAAUUCUUAUGUGGAUCAACACUACACGUUGAUCUGUGUAAAAACGUACAAAAUAAUGCUCCCGUUUUUUUCAACGACUUUGUCUUGUUCCGUCGUAUCAAUUUUACUCUUAAUGUUUUGAUCAGUUUGGUCAUACCAAAUAUUGUAGAACUAUUUAUCCUAAGAAAUUAAUGUACUAUUUGAAUGUUCUUCCCUUUGUUAUCUAAUAUUAAAUGUUACUACAAGUUAUCUAAGCUCCUCCGACUAUACAUAUGCAGUUGAGUGUGCUCGAUUUAAACACGUAUUCUCCAUAAGAAUUACAUUUAGAAAUUUAUUUCCAGUGCCCAGUCACCCCCAGCUUUGGAGAUGUAUUUACAAUGUACAUAAAUACAUGUAAAUUUUGCAUGUCUAAAAAUGCUCAAUCAGUAGUAUGUACAUAACAUCAUGUUCCGAAAAAUAUUCUCACCAGUCUUAUUACUAAUUUACUACAGAUAAUGGGCUACAAAUCUCCACACGAAUGACUACUUAACAUCGUUAUUCUUAUUUUUACGCAAAGAAUUUUUCCCUAUUUGUUUUUAAAAUUUAAGUUAUUUCCCUAUUUCUCCGUCCUUCUAUUAUAAAAUGACCGCAAAAAUUGUUCAGUUUACUGGGUUGUCUGAAUACUUUAAAAAAUUAUGUAUUUUAAAAUAAAAAUAUUGGUUAAAUGCGUUA